ACAGUCGGACUUUUGUUUUGGAAAGCCGCUACCCGCCGGUCGCCAUUAUUCUUCCUGGCUUGACGGUCGGGAGAAAGACGGUUAAAUACUUUAAAACAUUAUAUAUCUGGGUAAACUGCAACAUUGUCUGCCUAUUUGUGCACUCGGUUGAUUAACUCAUGAAUUAGCGACACAUCCUCACCACAGAAUGGAGAAACGCUCUGAUACUACAGGUGUUGGAGGUGCCCUUCCCCUGGCCUCCCUUCGCUUGAUGGCUUCCCCUCUGCAGCUGACAUACUCGUACAUAUGGCAGGUCAUACGGCAGAGAGACGUGAAGCAGUAUGGGAAAGUGGAGGAGUUUGUGACCAUGGUGACGCAAACUGUUCCUGAGGUCAUGAGUUUCAAGCAGACUGCUCAGCUCCUCUUGGGGUUGAGAGCAAGGAUCAUUUUGGAUUUGAUUCACAAAGAGGGCCCACCAGAUUCCAGGGCUAUUCAAACUCUAAUAAAUAAGUUGAAGGUCUCUGCAUCUUCAGGGAAGGACUCAGAAGUGGAGAAAUCUCAAAUGAACUUCAUGGUGCUGGUCCAGAAUCUGCUUAAAAACCCGUCUGAGAGGAAGCAUUUUUUCCAGGAAGUGUUCCCUGUUCAGUACGGCACAAAGUUCGAUACAGCGCUGCAGGCUCUGACUGCAGGUCUGGUUUGCAAGCUGGAGCAACUUCUUCCUGUUCCCAAUCUCUCCCAGCUUGGUGCCAUGAUCUCAACGGAGCCCACUGUCCUGGAGGCGUGUGGAGGCUUCAUCCCUGACCCUGGGGACCUGAAGACUCUCCUACUGCACCAGCAGGCCAAGGGACUCCUUGGUGUUAAAGCAACCAUCUCGUCCUCAGUGGGCGACUGUGUGCUCGCUUCACUCGCCUUCCGGCCCAAACCAGUAGAACCACCACCACCACCACCAGAAUCACCGAAGCGAUUAGAGGUUACCCUCAACCAAACAAGCCCAGCCUCCCUCAGUGACACAGAAGACUUAGGAGUGAUGUCAGAUGACUCUGACAGCCCAGCAGCCCCUGCUACUGGACCACAGGGGAGAGGGCGAUACAGUCAUAAAACAGCUGACAGCAGCGCUGCAAAGGGAAAGAGUGUCACGACAACAGCCCAGAGGGAGAACUUGGUACAAGAGAAGAGUUGUACACAGGAACAGCCUGCCACAACUCCACAAAUCAGAGGAGAAGAUGGAGCACCAGCAGCACCAGAGAAACCAGAAGUACAGCGGGGGCUGCCCUUGAAAUCAAUCCCUUUCAGGGUAGUUCAAGUACCGAUCAAAAGCGCUUCCACCAUACAGAAUGCAGGCAGUGCAGGAACAAAGGACGGCCAAAAGCCCCAAACUCAGCGAGUCACAUUGCAUCAGUGGGUGUCACAGAUUGCCACCAACUCGCUCUCACUCCCAGCCCUGCCACCACUUCCUCCAGCCAGGUUGAGCGCAAGGGAUGACAUGAAGCCAAGCAUAAGAAGAAAAAAGCAAAUUAGGCCUCCAGCUGACAGAUUCACCUGCGGUGUGUGCGACAAGAGCUUCCCUUAUCAGUCCAAGCUAAUGGACCACGAGCGCAUUCAUACAGGAGAGAAGCCUUUCCUGUGCACGGCAUGCAACAAAAGCUUCAGAACGCAGGCGUUCCUCAACAACCACCUGAAAACCCACAGCACGGUGCGUCCUUAUGCUUGCGGCCAGUGCGGCAAGUGUUUCACCAAAUUGCAGAGCUUGACGAAGCACAUGCUGGCCCACAGUGGCCAAAAGCCCUUCUACUGCAACAUCUGCAACAAGGGCUUCACGCAGUCCACCUAUUUCAAAAGACACAUGGAGUGCCACACGAGCCAGAUGACGUUCCCCUGCAAGCACUGCAACAAAAGCUUCCCAACGGCUUUCAAGCUGUCGAACCACGAGCGCUGGCACACCAGAGAUCGUCCUCACAUGUGCGAGCGUUGCGGGAAGAGGUUCCUCGUCCCCAGCUUGUUGAAGAGACACAUGGGCUACCACAUCGGUGACCGCCAGUAUCUCUGCUCCCAGUGUGGAAAGACCUUCGUCUAUUUGUCUGACCUGAAGAGGCACCAGCAAGACCACGUGCCCAAAGCUAAGAUCCCAUGCCCCGUUUGCCAAAAGAAGUUCUCUAGCAAGUACUGCCUGAGGGUUCACCUGAGGAUCCACACCAGAGAGAGACCCUACCGGUGCUCCAUAUGUGACAAGAGCUUCACUCAGGUCGGGAAUCUGAAGGUCCACAUCAGAUUACACACCAACGAGCGCCCGUUCAGCUGUGAUGUGUGCGGGAAGACCUACAAGUUGGCGUCCCAUCUGAACGUCCACAAAAGGACUCAUACGUGCAAGAAGCCCUGGACGUGCGACACGUGCGGGAAGGGAUUCUCCGUCCCCGGCCUUCUUAAGAAGCACGAGCAGUUGCAUACGAGGGACGCUAACCCCGACUUCUCUGGUAAACGGAGACACAGGGGUAAGCACAAGAAGCACUCCCUAAAGAGGAAGUAUGACGAGGAAGACGAGGGUAGCGAUGAUUAUUAAUCCCAAAAAAAAAAUUUUGUAACAAAUAAGCUCUGAUUUGGAGUUUCAGGGCUGAUAACUGUUGAUCACUCAUCAUUUAUUAAUUGACUGGCUAAUUCAGAAAGCUACUGAAUAAGUGCCCCUAUAAACCAUGUAAUUUUCAAAGUUUUCAAGUUUUUUCAGGGUUUGUUACCUUGUGGUGGGGAUCAGGUCACCAUGAUGGUUUGGGUAGUGAAAACACAUUUUGAAUGAUUUUUUUCUGAUCACUGAAUUUAAAGACCAGUUUGAGUUAUAAUGGUUGGCUCCGAUCAUUGCUGCCAGCUGGAGCAUCUCAACUAACAAAGUCCAUUGUUUCACUGCACAUCAGCGCUGUUUUUUAUAUAACUAUGUGAUGUGACAAAAUGAUUUAGGUAAUGAAGUUACCCUAAGUCGUCACAUUUUGAGAAAUAAAAGGUAGGUCUUCCAAACACUGUGCUUUUCAAGACGCUACCCUGAUAUAGCCAGCAUUUAAGAGAAAGGCAUCAUGUAAACAAUACAAUAAAAGUAUUUAAAUGCAUGUGAGCGUAGAAAAUUUGUCUAUGUAAUAAAAUGUUGUAGUGUCACUAGGAAACAUUUUAUCUUUGUUACCGUAUCCUUUGUAAUGAUUCAAAACUACUUUAACCACAUGCUUUUUUUUAUGUAACCCUGAACUGUAAACAUUACAACUACUUUGCUUUUGUUUUAGAGUGAAAAUAGGCUGUUUUGUGUUUAUUAUGAUUUUACUUUUAAUCAGCAGUAGAUGCAGUUUUGUUGCUGAAAUGGUGUUGAAUUAACACAAGAAAACAUUGAUAAUUUUAAUUUAGCUGCGAUACAGUAAACAUUAUGCAAGUGUGAUGAGGUUGUGCUGUGAAUCUUACCUUUCCCAUUACUUUUCCUGUUGUGAGCAGCCAUGUAUAUAAGCCAUUAAGUAAUAUAACUGUUCUCAAUAUUUUUUGUUUUUGAUGUUUUGCAGAAAAAUAAAUACACAUAGCGAAGGA